AUGACGCAAUAUCAAUUAACAUCAGCACUCAAGGAGUUGAUCAACAAUUCCUCAAUAGACUCGGAAUUAAAGUCCAAGUUAAUUUCCCAAGAAUUCAUUUCCCAUACCAAUCUAAUUAAUUUCUAUAAACAAUAUAAACCGACAUCCACACUAUUAGAACUCAUAAAACUAACCAAACUUCACAUCCCAAAUAAAAACAUAUCCACCCAAGUGAAAACCAAAGAAUAUUUAAAAUUAAUGCAAAAACUAAGACUUCAAGCUCAAGAAGAAGAAUAUAACAAAUUAAUCAACCCCACUUCCGAAUAUUCAACCUUAUAUGAUAAUUCCAAAAUCGAUCCUUCUUCCGAUCUUACACCAGCUCAAUUUCAUAAAGAGGUAAAGAAUCAAAUUACAACAAUUGUCAAUAUUUUGAUAAGUGUAGCUAGUGUUGCAUAUGCAGUUUGGUAUUGGACGGGAUCUUCUUGGGGAUUACAAGAUUCUUAUCGAGUUUUGAUGUCGUUGUUUUUCGGAAUCUUGGUAUUGGUGGCUGAAGUGGUUGUAUAUUUGGGAUAUUUGAAUAAAGUUGAAGAUGCAAGGAUUAGAGAAAGAAAUAAAAAGGAGGUUAAAAAUGUUGUUAGAACAGUUGUUGAAUUGAAGAAGAAGGAUAUAUGA